GAAUGUUCCUUUUUAAGAAUUCUCUUGGAAUGGAUGUCCUUUUUCUUUCUUUUUACCUACCUAUCAUUUUUUAUGCCCAAAGUAAUAUCCGAAUGAGAAAAGUUGGUGAAAACAUUCCUAAACAGAAAGAAUCUAGCUCAGUAGUGCUGCGACACAUGCAUCUAUUCAAAUUAAUAUUUUGAUCUAGCAGAAAAUAACUAAAACUAAAAAACUGCAAUAUUCAUGUUCACUCUGUACUCUUGGGAAUUGUAUGAGAACUUAAGAUGCUGUAUCAUAACUAAUAAUUACUAUUUUAUUGAAUAAAAACUAGACUGAAUCUUCAGAUUUUCUAAUACAUUGCAACUUAAUAAUCUUAAAUUAGACAUCAAAUUAUAAAUAUCAUUCUUAAACCGUGACCAUAAUUAAUAAUAUCGACAUUCAUCGACAACUAGGUGUUCAACAUGUGUAACAUAAAUAUAAACAUGUAUAUAAAUGAAAUAACGAACAGAGAACUUUUCAUUUUAGUGGUGGGGACGUUAGCACAUUGGAAUAGAUCAAGACGAAAUUUUAGAAAUCUUGAAGGAAAUUCAUUCUUCCCUAAUCGAAAAUUGGUAUUGUCGGACCUCAAUCAAGAUAUCUGUCAUAAGAUUUAAAUCAUCUUCUUUCUCUGCAAUUUAACAAAUAGCUUCUUGACAGUUGGUGCAAAUGCAAAUCCAAUUAGUUGGCUAGUAUCCUUUUAGCACCUAAGGUUAGCACCUAACCUAUGUUAGAACCAAACAAGUUCGAUUAAAAUGGAGUGAUGUGUUGGUUUUCUAACUUUUUCGGAUACAUUUUAGAUUUAGAUUUAGUUGUUUAAAAUGACGAUUGGUCAACGAUAUUUGAGAAAAAAUGGAAUAUGAACUUGUACAUUGUUAACUCAUGUUCUUCAUUUCUUACUCAUAUUUCCCAUUCAUUAUUUGCAAGAGAGAGAAGAAGAGACUCAUGCAAUAGUAUUGCAUACUAUUAUGUUUACCCGGACAGCCAAUCUUUUUGCAGUUUUAUUUGUAAUUGUCAUUGGUAGUGCGCUAACAGAAUCUUAUCGGAACAUGUUGUCGAGUAAAGAGCAAAAUGCUUCUAAUGUCUUAUCUGUAGCAUGUAAUAAUUUUACUAUUCCAUUAUUUAAGAGUUUAUCAAUCGGUACCGGCAACAAUGUUGUAAUUUCUCCUUUGAAUUUACAUAUGAUAUUAUCUUUACUUUCUAACGGUGCUGGAGGAUUUACAUUGAAAGAAUUGAAAUCUGUUCUUCAUCAUGAUACAGUUUCUUUGAAUGAUGAAUUUAAAACUCUGAUCCUUUUAUUAAAUAACAUGGGAGACCUCGAAUUGCGUAUAGCAAAUAAAGUAUACAUCCAAGAUGGAUUUGAUUUAAUGGCUGAUUUUUUAUCAACAUGCACAAAUAUAUUUCAAUGUUCAAUUGCCAGAUUAGAUUUUAAAGAUAAUAUAUAUGCUGCAAAAAUGAUUAACAUAUGGAUACAAGAAACAACAAACAAUAAGAUAUCUAACGUAAUUUCCUCUGACGAUAUCGGUGAGGAUACAAGAAUCAUGUUGAUAAAUGCUAUUUAUUUUAAGAGUAAAUGGUUACACACGUUUGACGAAAGAAAUACGGCAAAGCGCACAUUUCAUGUUUCCAAAACAGAAACGAAUCUUGUUCCAACAAUGUUUAAAAAAUCAAAAUAUGCUUAUGGUAAAAUAUCAACCUGGCAUACAACAUUUAUUGAGAUUCCAUACUUGAACCAAGACAUUGCAAUGAUAAUAUUAUUACCAGAUAGAGAGAUAGAAUUGCAAGUUUUAGAAAACAAUUUUAAUUGGAAUACAUUGGUUGAUGCACCUAGAUCUACAGAAAUGAUUUCAUUAUAUUUACCUAAAUUUAAAUUUGAAAUUACCACAAAUUUGAAAGACACUUUAUGUAAAAUUGGCUUAAAUACGAUGUUUAAAGAUGACGCUGAUUUUAGACGUCUCUCAAACGUUCCUCUGAAAGUAAGUCAUGCAUUACAAAAAAUGUUCAUAGAAGUUAACGAAGAAGGUUCAGAAGCUGCUGCUGCAACAGUUGUUGGAAUAAGACUAAAAAGGAUGAUAAUUUCACCAAUGGAGUUUGUCGUGGAUCGUCCGUUCUUAUUUGUGAUUGAACAUAAACCAAGCAGAGUACCAUUGUUUUUGGGAAGUGUGAGAAAGAUUGAAUUUUCUCAAGAAAGAGAUGAAUUAUAAAUUCUAUUUUUUGUACUUUGUGAAUCUUUGCCAGAGAGUAUUAUAUGUAUGUAAAUCUAAAGGAUAAAAAAAUAAUUUACAAUUGUUAUUAA